AUUAUAUAUAAUCUAUUUUUUCUCUGUUUCUCUGCCCCUUUGAUUCACCCCCCCCCAAUUUUCUCCCCUAGUUUUCUUCGCCGGAGAAUUGCGUCAGUUAUCGCCGGCGAAUUGCCGGUUAAAGGAAACUGUAUUUUAUCAACAUCGAGAUCUGGUGGUAGAGCUAGAUUUAGGUUUCAUUCUUCUUUUUUAAACGGAUUUUGUUUUAAUUUUUGAUGAAUUUGAGGAAAAUAAUAGGAAUUUAGUUUUUUUUUUGCAUGUCUGGUUUUGAUGGAUGAACGAUUGAGAUUUGGUGAGCAUUCGGGGAUUGUGGUGAAGAAUAGGAGCCAAUCGGGGUGUUUGAUCGUGAGAAAGAAAGGGGAUGGUUCGGUUGGAGCCGGGUCCACAGGGGCCCGUUGGAUUUAUGGGUCUAAAACAGAUGAGAAGAGGCCUAGGAUGAUUACGAGUGAUUCAGGUUCUAGCGAUGAGCUACUAAUGCCACCUCGGAGGAGGGUUGGGCCGGAAGCAUUUCAGGUUUCUAAUGGUUUAGCUUUUUAUGAAGCGAGUGAAAUUGGUAGGAAGAGGAACAGGGAGGAGAGGAUAGCGUCAUGUGAGGAAGGUUUCAUUGGUUGGAAUGAUGAGGAUUUGAGUGAGAGUACGAGGAAUAGGUUAGAUGUUUUUGACGUUAAUGAAUAUGAUGGAUAUGAUGAGGAUAUGAUUAUGAAAAGGAACAGAAUUGAUUAUGGUGGAGACAAUUUAACCGGGAGGCGAUUGUUGGGUUCAAUGCCUGCGUUUACUCAAAUGAGUUUUGAGAGGGAAUACGGUAGUGGUCCAAGCAUGCAUGCUUUUAAUGAGAAGAAGAAGAAGAAGAAGAAGAAGAAGAAGAAGAAGAAGAAGAAGAAGAAAUUGUACUAUGAUAAAAGUGAAGGGAUUAGUCAGGGUGAUCAUGAUGAUAGAAACAGGUUUAGGAAGGAUAGGGAUGGCACUUCGAUGCAUUAUCAGUUGUUGAGGGAGAGGUAUAUGGCUGAUUCAGAUGAAAUCAUCAGGGUUCAGGGAAAAAAUGGUGUUUUGAAGGUAAUGGUGAACAAGAGAAAGAAGUUUGGUGAGCCUUUGAAAAAUUUUGAUCACUUGGAAGAUGAGGGAGGCCAGAUUGGUUCAAGGAUUGAUUAUGCAAUUAGGAAGAACUUGCAUGUCAAUCCAUCAUUGUGCUCUGAGACAGAAGUUCUUGUGAAGCCUGUUUCUUUUGGCGGGAAAAAGAAAAAGAAAAAGAGUUUGCUAAGGAUACCAACAACUAAGAAGAAUAAGGUAUCUGAUUCUGAUUCAGAGAACAGUGGUACAUCUCCGAAGCUGUUACCAAAGGAUACCGAAGCUUCUAAUCCAACAAAGAGGGUUAAUAGCAAAGAGGAGAAAGCUCAAGUUGAGCAGCUUCAGCCUACCAGAAGCAAAGAAGGAAAAGUUAGGCGUGGAUGUGGCACAGAAAAACAGAAAUUACGGGAACGAAUAAGGGGGAUGCUUCAGGAAGCAGGUUGGACCAUAGAUUAUAGGCCAAGGAGGAACAGGGAUUACUUGGAUGCAGUGUACAUCAACCCUGCUGGAACUGCGUACUGGUCCAUCAUCAAGGCAUAUGAUGCACUUCAAAAGCAGCUAGAUGAGGACAAUGAGCGCAAACCCUUAGGCGAUGGUCCUGCAUUUACCCCAUUAUCAGAUGAAGUACUCGGCCAAUUAACAAGGAAAACAGGAAAGAAGAUGAAAAGGGAGAUGAAAAAUAAGCGAAAAGAUGAAAGUGGCAGUGAGAAUGCUCUAGAACCUGUUGCUAGGAAAUCUUCAAGUAUCAGGCAUGAAGAAGAGAGUAUGGAUAGCUUGAGUCAUGAAGAGAAAUUAGGUUCCUUCAUGAAGGGCGAGUCAUCUAAAUCUAGGAUGAAUGACAAUGAUGCCUUCAGUGGAAAUGCAAAAGUUCAAAGUUCUCUCCAUGUGCAUAAUAGCUACGAAAAACCAUCCUCUAUAUCAAAUUCUCAUCUUCUUCAUGGAAGAAAAAGUAGAAAACUUGGCAGAUGCACCUUGUUGGUUCGUGGUUCAAAUGUGGGUGCGAGUUCGGAGGGUGAUAACUUUGUUCCAUAUUAUGGGAAACGAACACUGCUUGCCUGGCUGAUUGAUUCUGGGGCUGUGCACUUGAGCCAAAAGGUGCAGUAUAUGAAGCGUAGACGAGCAAGAGUGAUGCUAGAAGGCUGGAUCACAAGGGAUGGAAUCCACUGUGGUUGUUGUAGUAAAAUCCUAACAGCUUCAAAAUUUGAGAUUCAUGCUGGAAGCAAAUUGCGACAACCAUUUCAGAAUAUAUAUUUGGAUACUGGUGUUUCUCUCCUUCAUUGCCAAAUAGAUGCAUGGAACAGACAAGUGGAGUCUGAGCAGAUUGGUUUUCAUUCUGUAGAUGUAAAUGGUGAUGACCUCGGUGAUGAUGUUUGUGGCAUUUGUGGAGAUGGUGGGGAUCUGAUAUGUUGCGACACUUGUCCCUCAACAUUUCAUCAGAACUGCCUCAAUAUAGAGUUUCUACCAGAGGUUGAAUGGGAAUGUCCAUAUUGUAUAUGCAAAUUUUGUGGUAAUUGCAGCGGCAUUGCUCAAGAGGAUGCUAUAACAGAUUGUCCCCUUCUCACUUGCUACCUGUGCGAGAAAAGAUACCACAAAUCUUGCAUCAAAGUGACAGAAGAGAUUCAUACUGUAUCCAGCAGUUUGACUCUUCCCUUCUGUGGGCAGACAUGUAGUGAGCUCUUUGAGCAUUUACAGAAGUGUCUAGGGGUCAAACAUGAACUAGGAGGAGGAUUUUCAUGGUCUCUUAUUCGAAGAACAGAUGCAGAUUCAGAUAUAUUUGCCAGAGGGCUUCCACAAAGGGUGGAAUGCAAUUCUAAACUAGCUGUUGCAAUGACUGUGCUGGACGAAUGCUUUUUGCCAAUCCUUGACAAGAGAAGUGGGAUCAACUUAGUAAAUAAUGUCCUUUAUAACUGUGGAUCAAACUUCAACCGUCUAAAUUAUUCUGGAUUCUACACUGCUAUUCUGGAGAGAGGCGAUGAAAUAAUUUCUGCAGCAUCAAUCAGGUUCCAUGGAACUCAGCUAGCAGAGAUGCCGUUCAUUGGCACACGCCACAUAUACAGGCAUCAGGGAAUGUUCCGACGGCUUUUCAGUGCUAUUGAGUCGGCUCUUUGUUCUCUCAAUGUUCACAAACUAGUCAUCCCUGCAACUGCUGAACUUACACAUACAUGGAUUGCUGUUUUUGGCUUCACUGCUCUAGGGGAAUCAGUUAGGCAAGAAAUGAGGUCCUUGAAUAUGUUGGUCUUCCCGGGUAUACCUAUGCUGCAGAAGGUUCUGCUGAAGUUAGAAAACACGGAUGCGAACUUGAUGACCGACGCAGGUGUUAAGCAAGCUGCACCAAGAUCUAAUGGAAAUAUCACACCCGAGGUGGCUAGCGGAUCUGAACCCGGUUCGUCAUCUGGGAUUGAUACUCAAGAAUGCGAUGUUGGUGUUUUGCAUCAUUCUAGUCGAAUAAAUGGUGAAACCGCAGCCGCUGAUUCAGAUUCCGAAUUUCCAAAUGUUUCUGUAAACGAUACUUGUGGAAACAGUGGUUCUUUUGAUAAAUCCCCGGAACCUAAUGGCGAAACUACACUCGCCGACUAUCAAACAGCAGACUCGAGGAAUGAAUCUAGGCUUGAGAUGCAGAAUAAUGCAGGAUGGGAUUAUCUUGCUGAAGAUAAUCAGUCCGAUGAUGGGACCGAUUCACGGUCAGGGGACAAGGAAACUGAAUCUGCUUCUGACAGUGAAAAUACCUCUACGAACUAUAACGUGGGAAACACAACAAUAUCAGAUUCUGCCAUCAAUAAAAAUACUCGAUUUCGAGAAGACGGUGAUCCGGAAGCUGUCAAAGAAGAUAACAAUAUUGGUGCUGCUUCUGAUUCCAAAACUAAGCAUGCAGUUGAAGAGACUGCAGAGAUGGAAAUGAAAAAAGCACCAGGUUCUCCUGAACUUAGCUGUUCCGAUGAACUCGAAGCAAGAGUGUUGGUCAAGGAAAACACACUUGUCGACUACGAGUCCGGGGACAAAUUAGCAAAGCCGGCUUCCCCCGAGAUGUAGGCUAACUCGAAAUUGUAUCGUCUCAAAGGCGUUUCGGGUUUUUGCGAGGUGCACAAUGUAUGUGUUCAAGAAUCGGAUUUACAUAGAGGGCAGCUGCCCACAGUCCCAAUGAAAUCCUUUCUUUAUGGAGAACAAAUACUUAUGUAUAAUUUCUUCUUUGGGUGAAAGAAUAAGUUGUUUCUUUCGUCUUAA